AUGGCGACGUUGACGAUAAAGGAUAAUAGAAGAAGGGCUCGUUUUUCGGAUCCGCUUGAGAUAAUAGAUUUAAUUGUUGAUAUUAUGUUUAUUGUGGAUAUUAUUAUCAAUUUUAGAACCACAUACGUCAACGAAAAUGACGAGAUAUCAAUGAUAGUGGUAUCGCAUCCGGGUAAAAUAGCAAAGCAUUAUUUUAAAGGAUGGUUUAUUAUUGAUAUGAUUGCUGCUGUACCAUUCGAUUUGUUGCUUGUGAACACCAACAGUGAUGAGCUGUGUAUUCCUAUUAAAACGAGAGCAUAUAUGGCACAAAAAAAUUCUCUUCCCAAACUUAAUACCACAACUUUAGUGUAUAAUCAGAGCACUUUUUUUUGGUCACAGACAAUGGAUAGAAUUGAAUUAUAA